UGACGAAACGUGGCUCAUAGAAAUGCAAUACCUUGCUACUUAUAUCAGGUAAUUUGACAACAUUACAUCACUAUUUAAAAAACGACUAAACUGCACAAAACUACAUGUAUCUUUCAGUGGAAAAAAGAUGCACAUUGUAUUUUAUAAAACCAAGAGGACAUUUGUAUGACUGUUACUAUUAUCCAUUUGAAUGGAUGAGGAAGCAUUAAGGGGUUUAAACCCUAUAUCUGAUCCACAACUACAGAGGAGGGCAUUGCAGUACUUUGAACAAUUAAAGUCUUUGGACAGUGGAUGGAAGUUGUGUGCAGAAGCAUUUGUUAAUGGGUCUUAUCAUGGGAAUGAUCAUGUGAAGUUUUUCUGCUUACAAGUGAUUGAGAACUAUCUAAAAACAGGAUACAGCCAGGCUAACCUUGAUGACCACCAGAAUAUUACGUCUUUUAUUGCUAGAUGUCUACAGUUACAGGGAUCUGAAGGCACUCAAGACAGAAGUUUCAUCAGGAAUAAGAUAGGUCAGAUUAUCUCCCUUGCCUUUGUUCAGGAUUACCCACACAGGUGGCCAUCUUUCUUCACAGACUUGUUACAGACAGUAUCACCAAACCACCAUUCAAUAGAUAUUUACCUGAGAGUUCUCCUGGCCAUAGACAGUGAUGUGGUAGACAGAGAGAUUGUACACACUGCAGAGGAGUUUCAGAGAAAUACAUUGAUCAAGGAUGCCAUGCGAGAACAAGCUAAUGGACAGUUAGCAGGGACAUGGUAUGAAAUUUUGACAACUUAUGAGACAUCCAACCCAGAAGUUGUUUGUAUGUGUUUAGAUGUCAUUGGAAAGUUUAUUUCAUGGAUUGACAUUAAUUUGAUUGCCAAUGACAAAUUUGUGACGGUUCUGUUAAAUUUCAUGACCUUGACCUUAAUAAGAGAGAGUGCAUGUGAUUGUAUAACAGACAUUCUGAACAAAGGAAUGGAUCCAAUCGUCAAGACAAAGCUGGUGGAGUCUUUUACCAAUGUACUGGAGGAGAGAGGAAUCUUAAGUCCAGUAGAGGACGAAGAAGGUGAUUUCCUUGCCAAAUUAUCUAAGCUGGUAAAUGCCAUUGGUGUAAACUUAAUACUGGCCUGGCAGAAAUUAUUGAAAACAGAAGACAAGGAAAACACUGAAGCAACCUUACAGGCCUUAGAGAGUAAGGUUCCAUUGAUGUUUCGAUUUCUUAGUGAUGAGGAUGAUGAUGUUUCUGGUGCUGUAGCUCAAUUCUCACAGGAAUAUAUUGCCUUGUUAAAACAAAUGAAACCGCUCAGCCAGAAACAGAGGGAAAAUAUGGAGGGACUGUUGUACAUUGUUAUAAAAAAGAUGACCUAUGAUGAAUCUUAUGAUUUUGAACAUGAGGGAGAAGAAGAAGCCAUGUUUCAAGAGUACAGGAAACAACUGAAGACUAUUUUUAACAAUUUAGCUGCUUUAGAUGCUCAGCUAAUAAUAGUAACUGUUCACAAUAUUUUGACACAGACUUUGCCCAACUGGGAAAGGGUGGACCAGUUAGAGACAGAAUUAGCCAUAAGUCUGUUAUAUCAACUAGGAGAAGCACUGCCGGAAAAAGAAAAUGACAACAGAAAUUUUAUUUUGCAGGCUACACAAGGCCAACAUUUUAGUGGGGAUCUAACAAAGGCGUCUGUUUUACAGGAAAUGAUGAGAUUGUUAAUAACAAGUCGUGUGAGUUGCCAGGGUCACAUGUCUGUCAUGUUACAGUUCUUUGAGACAGUUGUGAGAUAUGAUAAGUUCUUUAGUGUAGAACCACAACACAUUCCUGAUGUACUAAUGGCUUUCACUGAUGAAAGAGGAUUUCGGCAUCGAUCAGCUCAAGUUAGAAGUCGUGCAUCAUAUUUGUUUUCAAGAUUUGUUAAAGGUGUGAGAUCUCACAUUCAUAACUAUGUUGAGGAGAUUUUACAGAGAAUUCAAGAUCUACUGGUACUGAAUACACCAGACAAUGGGUACCAGCAUCUUCUGUCAUCUGAUGAUCAGUUGUUUCUUUAUGAAACUGCUGGAAGCUUGAUUGUUUGCAGUAAUCUCCCAAGUGAGAAAAAGCAGACAUUGAUGAAAAAUCUCUUAUCUCCAAUAGCAACAAAAUUUGAAAGUUUAUUAACCAAACUUGUUGCAGAAACUAAUCAAGAAAAACAACUAGCUUAUGCUCAAAGUAUCAACACUGCCACUGCUCUUGCAAGUCGAGUCAGUAAAGGAUUUUCUAGUCAACAAACUAUGCAGGUGUGUGGAUGUGUUGAUACGUUUACAGAUCUGUUAAGAUUGUUUUUACAAGCUGUUAAUGUUCCAUUACACAGACAAUUAAUUCAUACAGGGGUGCGGCAAUAUUUACAUAGAAUGGUUGUGUGUAUGGAGAAAGAGAUUCUUCCUUUCGUUCCUGUUGUUUUAGAGAAUUUAUUAAAGCAGCCUGAUGCAAGGGAAUUACAUGAUUUUCUUCCCUUGAUGAAUCAGAUGAUAAUGAAAUUUAAAAGUGCCAUAUCACCAUUUCUACAAGAGGUAUUCAUGCCUUUAGUUAGUACUAUUUAUCAAGUGUUGACAACUCCUACUGAUGAACUGGACCAGGUGACAGCUAACGAUAAGAAGAUGUUACAGAGGAGUUAUUAUUUAUUUAUAUGUACAAUAGUGGCUAAUGAUGUGCUGGAUGUGUUGAAAAAUCAAGACAUGCAGAACUUAAAUCAGGUGUUAAUUACAUUUAUACAAGGUGCUGUUGAUAUUCCUGAUCCUCAGAGUCAGAAAAUGUGCUUUAAUAUACUGAGAAAGCUUGUCGAUUCAUGGGGUGGAAAUGAUGGAAUGGCUGGUUUUGUUGAUUUUAUGUAUAAAAGUAUUAUUCCUGCUUGUCUAAUGGCACCAAUGAAACCUAGCUUUGAUUUAAAUGAUGGGCAGACGUCUCUUGCUUUGGGUGAAUGUUCAAAUUGUUUAAGAGAAAUUUAUGGAAAGAGGGGAGAUGAGAUGAUACAAUAUUUACAGUCAGAAUACCUACCUACAUUACAGUUGUCACAACAACAAACAGAGGAGUUUUGUCAAGUGUUAAAAGCAGACAGCAAAAUGUUUAGGACAUAUUUUAAGAAUUUCUUCAUGAAGGCUAAGUCAUGACGAAGGAUAAGAACUGACUUUCCUGUCAGUUCAUAAGUUCUGGUAAAUUACAGUAUUGUGUAUGUGAGAGAGAAAAAGGGAGAGAGAGAGAAUCAGGUGGACAUUUGUUAUAUUUGGCCUUGUGAGAGGAUCUAUAAAUAGUCUGUGAUUGUAUAUAUAUAUUAUAAUGAAGACUCAUGUGUGUGACACAUUAUAAUUGUAUAAAUGUUUAUAGAAUUAUGGGAAAAUGCAGGAAAUAUUUAAGGGGGUAGACCUUGGUUCAGGGAGAUAACUCUUUAAGUCAGUUAUACGUUUGUAAAAGUCAAGAUUCAUCAAUGUAUUUUAAGCAUUUACAUGAAACAGAUUGGAAUAUCUAUGUAACCUUGAAGCUUAGAAUAUAUUUAUGAAAAUGGUUGACACAAACGUACUGAUGAUUUUAAGACUUAUUUCCCUUAACCUAGGUCUACCUUCUAUGAAUGUUUAUUUAAAAAAAUGUUUUAUUGUGUCUACUUUCAUAUCAUAAGAAAUCAUUUGAAAAAUUCACAUACUGCUGUUCAUUACUAAUUACAAAAAUUUCUACAUCAAAUAACAAAUUUCAAUCAUUUAAUGCAAAGCAAUAUAAUAUUGUGCUUUUUCAACUAGUGCUAUUUUUUUUUAAUUUCACAUUUCAAUAAGUUAAAAUCACAUAUUAUUUCAAGUGUAACUUACAUAAUUGGAUAUAAAUUCAUUCAAAUUUCAAAAGAAUUUUAUUCUAUUUUAGUACCCGAACUUUGUCAUUCCUUUAAUAUUUGAGUAUGAAGUUGUCACUAACUAAUUUUCAUAGACAAUCAUAAACCAUUCUAGUUUUACAUGAGUUUUACAAGGUCUUUUUAUAAAGUGUUAAUGUUUUAAAUGUGAAGUGAUGAGAAUGCAAGCACAAUAUACAUGGAGUCAUGAAAUCCUACAUGAUAAAUAUGCUAGUUACUGUAUUACUGUUUAAACUUUCAUCUUCAUUCAAUUGUUAUAAAUACCUUAGGAAUGCAUACUUGUGUAAAAAUUUAUUAAUAAAUUGACCUCGUAGUUCAUCAUGCAUCAAUGGUGACACAUUCUUCAGAACAUUAUCAGUUUCAGACAAAACUUAAUUCUUAAUAAAUGUAGUCAUCACAUCAGUUUACUUUUACUUGAGCUAUAUAAGUGUUAUCUUAUAGAAAAGAUUUAUUUUAAAUAGUAAGCAAUGUUAAUGCAAGCACAUUACUAAAGGUAGUAGCCUUAAACAAAGUGUCUAGUUCAUUCAUCAAUAGAAAAAUAGACUAAAUGACAUGCAGACCAAUUGUAAAUAUUAAAUUAAAACUGUAGUGUUUUUAUUAUGAAAGUUUCAGUCACAAUUUUUCUAAAUAUACAUGUACCAUUAAAAGAUGAUGCAUGUGUUAUGAUUAUUAAUAUUUUUUCUAAUAACAAAAAAAGGCUAAUAAUUGAAUAAAAAAAAUCUAUGGGAAAUGAUAAACUUAACUGCUGCCAAGGAUUGGAUUUGGACAGAAUAUCUUAUGUAAUAUCCUUUAAGCUCCCUCAGUAGUCCUGGACAUGUUACUUAAAAAAAAGAAAAAAAGCGUAGAGCAAAUGGGCCUGAAAAAACGCACCCCAAUUUGGGUCAUAAAAACUAGCAUAUGAGGUGCUAAAAUUUUCAAUUUUGAACCAAAGAAAUUAAAGAAAAUGUGACACAAGAUUAAAAACUGAAUUAAAAAUCAUCAGACUAGUUUUGACUAGGUCUGUUUGUACAGGUCCAGAGUAAAUUUUUGAUUAACAAUUUAUUUUAUCAUGCAGAAAAGCUAACUUAGGGAUGGGGUAUACCAUUUAGGGUUUGCUUUAUAUAAUAGAUUUAUUGCAGGAUGAAUACACAUCUAUAUGCAAUCACAAUUUUUAAACAUUAAAAAAGAAUUUAGUUUUAAAAUAGAUAGAAACUUAGAACAAACUUAAUUUGUUGUACUUUCAUGUGCCAAUUAUAAUGAAAAAGUGCUUAUAUCAUAAAAAACCCACUUCAUCUAUUUAUUGAUCAUGAAGGAAAGAAUUAUGUUUAAUAAAAAACUAUGAAAUUCCAUGACAUUUUAUGAACUUGUUAAAUGAGUUUAAUUGUAUGUUAUGGUCUAUUAAGGUUAUAUUUGUACAUAGUAUAUUUGUUUGGUGCAAAAUUUUGUAAAUUUGACUCUGAAAGAGCAGACUUGUUGUAUAUGCCUUAUUGUAGAUAAUUUGAGGAUGUGUGUGUGUGAGUGUAGUUUUGAGAGAGAAUUGUUUGUUAUUGCUUAUGUUAUAAACUUUACAAAGAUGCAGCAACUUUUAUCUUUGUGAGUUCAUUUAUAGAUUCAUGAUUUAUUGCUUAAUAAAAAGUUCCACCUAUACCAUAUACCAAAGAUUACACAAGGGAAAUUUGAUUUAUUUUUACUUUUACAAAAAUUUACUAAGAGAAAGAUGUCUACAAUUUGUGGUUAAAUUUACAAAAAAUCUUAUACAUCAAGGGGUUGAAGUCAUAAAAUUUUGCUCAGUGCUUGGAGCACAAAACUCAUGCCCGAAACACAAAAUCCAGCAUUUUUAUGGGUUGAUUCUUGAGUCUUGAGUAGAAAAAAUCGUGCUUUGAAGUUUUAUGACUGCAAUGCCAGAUCUAGAACAUGGUUUGAUUUAUUGGUUUUAUAGAGAUGAUUGUUUGAAAAGUACACUUCCUUGUUACAAUAGUUUAUAAGCUUUCCUCAGCAUUUUUAAAACUAGUGUCUUCAUUCUCUACUGUAAUUAAUGAAUCUCUAAAAGAAGACUAAAUGAUAUUACAUAGAUUUUAAACACAAGAUAUUUUUCAUAUUACACCUGAUAUUGGAUUGAUCAGUUGAUAUAUAUAUACACCUAAAAAUUUUGUUCAAGGCAAUGACAUUGGUGGAGGAUUGAUAUAGAAUGUGAAAUUUAAAAAAAAGAAAGUUUAAUAUUUCACAUUCUAAUCAUUAUUGUUAUUCUAGCCAUUACUGAUAUGAACAUAAUCCUAAUUAUUUGAACCCAUUUUUCAAUAAUUAAAUCCAAUUUACAGAAACGCUGCAUGAAUAAAAUUCAACAUGGUAAAAAAGUUGUUGCAUCUUUGUACUUGUUAAAGUUGGAAAGUUACUUUUUGUGAGUAUGUGAAUGCUGAUGGACAAAAUAAUGUGUUAUUUAUUGUUAUUUAAUUCCAAGCAAACUUUAAAAAAAAUACCAUUGUGGUGCUGCUUAAAAUGUUAUAGAUUUUAUUGUUAAUUUAUAUAUGUUCUUGAAUCAUUCUUAUUAAUUUGUGAAAACAUUGGUUAGAACAUAUCAGAUCUAUAAAAUUAUUGACAUUGAAUAUACUGAAAAUAUCCCAGUUAUUGUUGAAAUAAAUGGCCUUGUAUACAUAACCAGUUGGAGAUUAUUUAGAAUUCUACAAUCAGACUGACAUUUGUGACCUUACUAUGUUUAUAUCAGAUGUUAAUAUUGUCAUGGCCUUUGUAAUUACGGAUAUGCAAUUUGUUGCAGAAUAUAGAAUUCUUUUAUGUGACUGUGUGUUAUCUCGAUUCAAAAGCAAAAAAUCUGCAAAAAGUCAUCAUUUGACAAUGUUUCAACUUGCAUGAAACAGGACAUAUGUUUCCAUUUAAAUGUGAGGUUUUAAACUGUGUCUAAAUGGUUUUUAAAGAAUAUUCAUAAAAUUAUAAAAGCAAAUUCCCAUAAUUGUCAUUUUAGCAAAAAUGCUACAUUCUUAGCUUAUCUAUUAGUACUUAUUUUUCAUUCUCUGUUAAAAGACAGGUUUUGAUUCAAAUGUAAAGUUCAAUAAUUGGUAAAUGUUUUUUACUUCCCAACAUUUUGAAAGCUAGAUAAAGUUUGAUUUUAGCCUUCAUAAAACUGAUUAAUUUUAAACUGAAAAACCAAUAAAAAAUUUAUUUUAGGAUUAGACUUUAUGCUAAAUUUCAGUUACUUUUAGCCACUUUUUCACGGGUGUUUUCCUAUAUUAUAAGUAUUCAGAAUGAACAUGCAAUAUUUAAAUAGUCUGUGUUCAUAUUGACUUAUUGGAUGAAGUUAAUCAUACUGGUCGUUUUAGUCUGAUAGAUUAUAAUUUAUUUGUUUUAAAAGUCCUAGCUCAAAUUAAAAAAGGAAGAUGAACAUGUUUACAAUUAUACAUAAAUAUUAUAAACCUGAUUGUUUUCUGGUUAGAAGCUAUUUGCCAUAACCGUAUUUAAUUUUCUAGAUUAGCCUUAUAUUUGAUAAUAACUGGCCAUCAAAAUAUUGAAAUGAACCUCUUUACAUGACAUGAUUAAAAUUAAGGUAUUGAAAUACAAGAUUGGUAAAAAAAAUAUUUUUUCAAGGGUAAUACAAUGUACAAUGUAUGUUUCUGGAACAUGGUAACAAUAAUUAUGAAUAAACAUUUUCACACUACAAUACUGCUUUCAUGAUUGAAAAUAAAAUAUUAAAACCUU